GGUCUUAACCAGCUCCUACAUUAGAUUAGUGGAUGUCAAAAAAGUUUAUUUGAUUGAUACAUGUCAAAAUCUCAGCAACUGAGACGAUAAACACUUGAUUGCUUUGCUCUCAUUCUUCCAAUCCUUAUUUUGUAUUAACCCCAAUUUGCAGAAAUGUCAUAAACUUGUGGCAGUGAAGCGAAAACAGUGGCCAAAUGUUGUAUUCUUGAAGAAUGAUAAUGACAUUUAAGCCACCUGGAACGGAUAAUGAGUCCAAGCCUUCUACCUUGGAUUUCCAACACUUUUAGCUGCCCGAGGAUCUUCUGUUUUGAAAAGAUGGAAAGAGAUGAAGGAUUGAGGACUUUAGUGUGCUUGAGAGGAAGGCUUCUUGCAGAGAGACAAGCUUCAAAGACUGCAAAAGAAGAUGCUGAACUUAUGGGAAAUAAGGUAAUAGAACUUGAGAAAAAACUCAAAGAAGAGACCAAACUAAUGAACAAAGCUGAGAAGAGGCUCAAACUGUUGAGGAAGAAGCUUGAGUCCCUCAAGUUAGUGCCUAGUUUGGAAGAAUCAGAGCACUCUGCAGCAGUUUCUUGUGUUUCAUCCACAAGCAGUUCAGGUACCAAAAACCCGGAAAGAACAGCUUCCAAGUCUCAAAAUGCAGUUCCAGGAAUUUUAAAAAAUAUGGAGGAAAAUGCAUCAGACACCACUACAUCUAUACCAAGCUUUAAAAUUUCUUUCAGCAGAGAAAAUUCUUUUUCUUCACGUGAAAACUCCAGUUUUAAAUCAAGCUCAGUCCAUGAAGAUCCAAAGGUUGAUGACACAAGGACGAGCUCUUCAAGCCUGAAAGCUUCAACAAUGGAGAUUGAUAUGAAUGGAAGAAAUGAGAAGUAUGAGGAUGAUGAUUAUGUUGAUAACUCAUUGGCACUGGUUCCUCUAAUCCUACCAGAAACAAAGGUGGCCUCUCAGAUAAAGGUAGUGAGCAGAAGUAUAGGUGAAGUUCUUGAUACACUAAGGCAAGCCAAGGGAAGAAUUCAGAGCUCAAUGGAAAGAAGACAAAUGAAUAAGGGUAGGGCCAUCUUGAAUUCAUGCAAAGUAAACAGUAAUUAUUAUGGCAUUUAGAUAAAUAAAACACAAAGUGACAGAUGUUCUCUCGCGCAUUGAAACAUAAA